AUGGUGCAACUACAUCAACGCCCACGCUGGAGUCUAUGGAAGGCAGUGGCAGCAAUUUCAUUUUUCGCUACGGGAGUUCUUGGUGAUGACAUACUCAGCACCAGCGGAUUUACCAACUGCGUCAGCAAUUCGUCCAUUGAGGUCGACCGGGUCAAUAUCCACUACAACAACGAGAACAAGACGGUCAUCUUCGACGUGGCCGGCAACAACCCGAAGGAGCAGAAUGUAUCGGCGGCCCUCGAGGUCAAGGCUUACGGGCAAACCAUUUACGAAAAGUCGUUCAACCCCUGCGACAGGGGCACCUUUGUCCAGAGACUCUGCCCUGUGCCCGAGGGACCCUUUUCCGCCUGGGGCGAGCAGGUCAUCCCCACCGAGUUCGCGGACAUGGUCCCAGACAUCGCCUUCCAGAUUCCCGACAUUGCAGCUCAGGCGACAUUGAAACUCACGAGCGAGGACACGGACGAGGAUGUGGCCUGCAUCCAGUCCCAAGUCACCAACGGGAAGACCGCCGAUGUUCCUGCGGUUCCCUAUGUGGCAGCAGGUAUCGCCGGUAUCGCGCUCGCCAUGUCUGGCGUGUCGGCGGUCACAGGAGCCAUGGCAUCGGCCGCUGCUCCGCCAGGAAGCAGUGCAGGAGGGACGGGGACCACGAGCCCGGGCUUCACCGAGAUGAUUGGGUGGUUCCAGGGCAUCGCCAUGAAUGGCAUGAUGUCGGUCAACUACCCGCCUGUCUACCGAAGCUUCACCAAGAACUUUGCCUUUUCAACAGGCCUCAUUGCCUAUGAGCCAUUCCUGCGACAAAUUGACUCUUUCCGAGCAGUAACUGGUGGAAACUUGACAGCUGACAGUGUCGAGUUUCUAAGCAAUGCGACUCUGAUCUUCACGGACGGCACACCCCACACGGCGGACCAGACGAGCAACAAGGUGAAGCGGGCUUUCGACACAUUCACAUAUCUCACUCGUCGCCAAUUCAACUUUGACCUCCCUGAGGGAGAAGAACCUGCACAGGAUGGCUCGGAUUUGCAAAAGACCGUGUCUGGAUUGCAGGCCUGGGCCAACCAGCUCCGUGUGCCCGAAUCGGAUGUGUUCAUGACCAUCCUCCUCAUUGCUGCCAUUGUCAUCACCGCCAUCAUCGUCUUCAUCCUCCUGUUCAAGCUCAUCCUCGAGCUCUGGGCCCUCUGGGGCACAUUCCCCCAGAACCUCGCCGGCUUCCGCAAGCACUACUGGGGCUCCAUCGCAAGGACAAUCACCUCGCUAAUCUUUGUCCUCUACGGCAUCUGGGUGCUGUACUGCGUCUUCCAAUUCACGCGUGGCGACUCGUGGGCCGCCACCACCCUCGCUGCCGUGACCCUGGCCAUCUUUACAGCCGUCUUGCUGUUCUUCUCCUGGAAGAUCUGGACUACUGCUCGUGCCCUCAAGAAGACGGACGGCAACGCCUUUGCGCUCUACGAGAGCAAGACAAUCUGGGUCAAGUACUCCCUCUUCUACGACGCGUACAGGAAGCAGUACUGGUGGCUCUUCCUUCCUCUGAUCAUCUACAUGGCCGUCAAGGGAUGCGUUCUCGCCGCGGCUGAUGGGUCUGGACGCGCGCAGACCAUUGCCGUCCUCACCGUGGAGACGGUCAUGCUCGCGCUUCUCCUCUGGAGCCGCCCCUUUGAGCGCAAGUCCGGCAAUGUGGUCAAUAUCAUGAUUCAGGUCGUCCGUGUUCUGUCCGUCGCCUGCAUCCUCGUCUUCGUCGAGGAGUUUGGCUUCAGGCAGACUACCCAGACUGUUACUGGUGUGGUCCUUAUCGCGGUACAAUCGACUCUGACCGUUAUCCUCGUCGUUCUCAUCGCGUGGCACGCCUUCGAGGCCUGUUGCCAGGAGAACCCCCACCGCAAGCGGAGAAAGGAGAUGGAGAAACUCCAGAACACUAUGGACGACCUCACGCCCCUCGAUGCUCGAAACUCACUCCUCAUGGGCGGUUCGAAUCACGGCAAGUCGGUCUCUCUGAGCAGCAUCAGAAAACCAAACUCUCUGGACCACCCGGCCGUUCGUGCUGAGACGCCAAGUGACACCUCGAGUGGGAACACGUACGCACCGCCUAUUGCACCCUCCGGCGGGCCUUUGUACAGACCCAUGACCCCGACGAGGGCGAACGAUCUUGCGGCGUCACAAAUCUAUGGUCACAGGCCGCAGCCUACUCUGCCAGACGUGGAACUUGGCGCGGCUCAAGCUUAUGGAGCGCCAUAUAGAUACGAAGGGCAGUAUGAAGGAGGGAACAAUGCCUACGGGCGAUAUUAG